AUGCCAUCCUUCCUGGACCUACCUGUCGAAAUCCGUCGCAUGAUAUAUCCAUACUGCAUGGACCCAAAUGAAUACAAAAGAGGCUACGAUAAAAUAGAGCGCCAUAGUAAGACAUUAGCAGAAGAGCGUAUUAGCGAGGGUACGGUGUCCGACCCCGACUGCCUUAAGCCCCGCAUAUAUAUCACUCGCACCACACCCGCUGUCCUCCUACUCAACAAGCAGAUCACAGCAGAAGCCCUAGAAAUUCUAUACAAAAUACCUGUCGAGCUCCGCGGCACCCCAGGGACCCACUUUACAAUGCGACAGAUGGGUAUCGCGGAGUUCAUCUGUGAGCAGCUACUGCAACGAAUUCAAUAUGCGACUCUUCGGCUGAACCGACCGCAUAAGAGUUUCGUACUAACACUCCUGGAUAUCUGGGGCGCUGACAACCGUCUGAAGAGGCUCGAUGUGUACUUUCCGAAGGGGAUAGAUAGGACGGCUCGCCGUUGGGCAAUUUCUGAGAAUAGGCUUCGCACAUUCUCGCUCGUAGCUCCGGUGUAUUCUCAUGAAGUCGAUAUGCCCUCGGAGAGGAUAUUGGCGUUUAUUUGA